GACGCGGGCCCUACGCCGAGGCGCGGUGGCGCGAUCGGGCGAUGCGGUGACGCGCGGCUUUCGGGGCGCCGCUAUUGGCGGCCGCGGGGUGACGGGCGAUGUGGCGCGCGCUGUGCGGGUUGGCGGCGGCUGUGGGUGGCAGGGGCGCCGCGCGCUCUCACACCUCGCGACUGCCCGCCGCGAGCCUGCUGGGACGGGGGGCCCGGGCCGACAGCCCCGCGGGUAGAAAGAGAAGUACCACAGCUAUGCCUGAAGUAAACACAGAUAAUCUUGAUGAGCAGCAGGUGCAGCUUUUGGCAGAGAUGUGUAUCCUUAUUGAUGAAAAUGACAAGAAGAUUGGUGCAGAUACCAAGAAAAACUGCCAUCUGAAUGAAAACAUUGAUAAAGGAUUAUUGCACCGAGCUUUCAGUGUUUUUUUAUUCAAUACAGAAGAUAAGUUGCUAUUGCAGCAGAGAUCCGACGCUAAAAUUACUUUUCCAGAUUGUUUUACCAACACUUGCUGCAGCCAUCCACUAAGCACCCCACUAGAACUGGAAGAAAAUAAUGCCCAUGGUGUUCGGCGAGCAGCACAGAGGCGAUUAAGAGCAGAGUUAGGAAUUCCUCUGGAACAGGUAACUCCAGAAGAAAUCUCCUAUCUAACGCGAAUUCACUACAAGGCCUGCUCUGAUGAGAUCUGGGGAGAACAUGAAAUUGAUUACAUCUUGUUUGUGAAGAAGAAUGUAACACUGAAUCCUGAUCCGAAUGAGAUCAAAAGCUACUGUUAUGUGACACAGGAAGAACUAAAACUACUCUUGGAAAAAGCAUCAAAAAAUGAAAUCAAGAUUACUCCAUGGUUCAAAUUAAUUGCAGAGACUUUUCUUUUUAAAUGGUGGGAUAACCUGCAUAAUUUAAAUAGAUUUGUGGAUCAUGAAAAAAUACACAGAAUGUAAAAAGCUCUAAGUGAAUGUAGUGGUGAGGGAUAACAGUGGGAUGCUGUCUUAAUAGCAGUAAGGUAACUUGUAAUUCUUAAGUUUUGAAUACUGACAAAAAUGGUACAUCAGCAGUACCUAUUGUAGGAAUUUCUGUUCCUAUGCAUAGUGAUGUUGUGGCAGUUGGGCUGGGGUUUUUGUGUUUGUUUUUUGAGCCGGGGAGCGAGCAGGGCUGUUGGGUUGUGGUUUUUUGUGUUAAUUUACAGCUGAACAACAGUGCUGGCCUGACAGCAUGGGUAACUUAAGUCAUCUUUUCAGAGCAGGCAAGCUGUGAUGUUACCCAAGUACUGAAAAAAGUUUGGAGGGUAAAGCCAGCCUUGAUGACUAUAAGUAAAUAACAGUAGGUAUAGUAUAUGAACUUGUUUGGGGCUUAAUGAAUACUAAGAUAGAAAGCCCAUGUAGAAAAGAAAUUGUAAACCUUUAUUUUGAGGGGCACUGAAAUACAUUUAAUGGAGCUUAUCCGGUAUGAAUUUUGUACAAGGAGAUGACACAAAUAGACAACAGCAAAGUAAGCUUCCCUGCAUUGCCUUUCCAUGCAGUGCCUAUAACCUGAUGGGGAGUGAUGCUCUCUAGUACAUAGAGGAUAAUCCAGUCUCUAACUCCAUUUAGUUCAAAGAAAAGGAGUACUUGUGGCAACUUAGAGACUAACAAAUUAAUUUGAGCAUAAGCUCUCGUGAGCUACAGCUCACUUCAUCGGAUGCACGUAGCUCACGAAAGCUUAUGCUCAAAUAAAUGUUAAGGUGCCACAAGUACUCCUUUUCUUUUUGCAAAUACAAACUAACAUGGCUGCUACUCUGAAACCUCCAUUAGUUCAGUCUCCAUUGUGACAGUAGAUAUGUGCCACUUCUGAUGUAGCCACCCAGCCACUUACAAUUAAUCUGACACAUCUUCAAAACUCAGUUUAUGGACGCAGUUGGGUUAAUUAAAGGAACUUUGUCAAUUAGUAUUUAUACUAGUUCAAGGACACUGUUUAACUAGCAUCUCUUUAUCUUUUAUAAAAAACUAUGGCUUGUUAAUUCCUCUAUUGCUUUUAAGAUCCUUUUUCAUCAAGGAAAAAACUGAUUUAUUAGGGAAAUGCUAACAAAUGCACAAAGUAAACAAAUCAAACUUCACAGCUAUGUCAGUCUCAGUAAUACUUUAAAUUUUCAUUACAACUUCUAAAUGUGUUACUUUGAAAAUGUAAGUUACACAAACAUGGGUGUGUCACAUGAAAAUCACCUGGAGUGACUGGUUCCUCUGCUCUUUUGUACAAGUUUGAAGUAGAAUACUAAUAUCACUGAAGACUGCCACUAAGUUUAACAUUUUAUUGGUAUUCUAAAGCAGAAAAUGAAUUGCAACUUAGAUGUUUUCAUACAGGGCAAUUACAAUGGAAAUCUGUUCUUGCCUAAAAAAAGUGAAGGACAAGGCUAUUAACUGCAGUCCUUAAAAGGACAUUUAGGAACAAAGAAAGAAGUGCGACUUAACCAUUGUUAGAAUGCAAAUAUAAGAACCUUGGUAAUUCACUAAGUUCUUUGAACUUAAACACUUAAAAUUACUAUUGGUAGUGUGGUGGGAGUCUUGUGGAGUGGAAGACAGUAAAACUAGGUUGAGGGUUCUCCGUUAGAAUCAGAAAGCAAAGAAAGCAGUAUGACCUUUAAUUAAACCUUUCAAGAAAAAGGUAACACCUUGUGACCCCAUGACAUCUUCCCCCUUAUCUUUAGUGGAGCAGCCUUGAAGUGUUGUAGAGGAUUAAGUAGUAUUAUUUCUAAAAUUCCUGAUGACAAAAAUAAACAUUGUCCUCUACAUGAACCUUUGAGUGUGGUUGUGUUUUGGGUCAAGCCACCAUUUGGCACUGUUCUUCACUUCUAAAUUUUAGUCAACUGUUUUCCUGGUUCUUUAGUUUUCUCCUCUUCCCCCUUCAAUUUACAUUGUAGGCACCAAAAUGGAACUACAACCCCCCUGAAACUGAGCCUGUGGUUCGUACAAGCAGAUCAUGGUGGAAUAUCAAAACACUUAUGAUUUGAAUUAUUGAGAGGUUCUAAGGAGAGCUGUUCUGGCUGAUACUGGACACUAAAAUAGAGCCUGCUCUAUUCAAGUUAGGUAACAAUCUGACCAGAUAGUGAAAUUAAGCCAAACAUUUACCCUGAAAGCCUGCCUUUAAAUACAAAAGUACAUGUUGCUGUAAAGGUGUAUAUUAAAAGCAUAUGAACUAAAAUAUUGUUUAUUCAGGUACGAGUUUUUUCAGACGAAAACCAGAAGAUAAGUUUUUUUGCUCAGUGUGAUCUGAAUUGAGACAACUUAAGUGUAAGAGCUCGAACGGCAUUGAGAACUGAACGCUAAAUGAUGCCUUCUGUAAAAUCCAUUCUGCUUCAAUGAAGUCAGUGUAAUUGUAGGAGCAUAAGAAAAUAAAAUUUCACAAGUUAUCCCUAUGUAUUUUCUCUAUCGGACCAACAGUCACAUUGGGUAAAACUCCUGGCAACCACUCUAGGAUAGAAGUGACAGUAUACAACUGCCAGUUGCAUUACCCAAUCUGAAGUUUUGCCAGAGCAUUGGCAAGAAAAAUUCCCAAGAAGACCACUAAUCUUAACACAGGUCAGGGCUUUUGUUACAAAAACAGCUUAAACACUUUUUUGUAAACAAAACUAAACUCAAUUUACAAUAACCUGCACUUCUAGGGAAGUACUAUAUUAGUACAUAGUGCUUUUCAGAAAUGAAGGGAAUAUGUUUAUAACGCACAACUUGUCUCACUAGCAUUAAAAAAUGGGGAAGAAAUUCAACAGUACAAACAAUCACAACUAGUGCUUCAUUACUGUAUUGUCAGUGAAAGCUAAUCAUGUUCUUUAAAGUUAAAACAGGAACUGAAGUAUCAGAGGAGAGGACAUCUGCUGAAAUUGCAUUUGUGUAUAUCUAGAGACAUUUCACUGAAUACCCCCUUAAACUAAAGAAAUAUUUCACUAAAACUGUCCUAUUAACUGCUUUUGAAGAUAUUACACAAAGUCUGAUUAUCAGAAUUAAACCAAAGAUGGGGAAGACCAUUCUACUCCAUAGCAGAGGGAUGUUACAAUAAACUAACUAUAACACAGUUCAAUAAUGGAAAGUGCAUGCUGCUUAUUCAAUUCAUUAAACAAAUAGAUUAAAAAAAAUACAUCCCACUCAGGCAACAGAGUUCCCAUCCCAAUUCAAAUGAAGGGAUGAAAGGCACUGCCAACCACUUAAAAGACAAGAUUAUCUCUUUGGCAUAAAAAAUAGCAGAUUCAGCAAUUGGGAGAGUACAUCUUGCCUGGAACAAAUAUUGAAAGCCAAAGACCAAAGUUUCAACAUGUCAAAACAAAAGUACUAUAGCUAAAUUUGCCCUGAUUUUGGCCAAAGUGUAAAAGGCAAAGUUCUAGUCUCCCCUUUCUAAACAUUAUACUCUUGCAAGUUUUAAAUUAUACACAUUUUAAUCAAAUUCUUAUGCCAAAAUAUUUCCUUAUACUAGUGCUGGAGGUUUUAACAUCCACGUUUUUCUUACUUUAUACUAUACAUAAUGAGGCUACCAUGUGUGUCAGGGGACAUGGCAGGGAAGACAGGCUUGGUUAUCAGACAGAGAUAGCCAGCACCACUCAGCCCUUCUGACCAUCAACAGUUUUCCCAGUGCCAGAAGAAAUUAUACUUGCUAUUUUAUUUUAGGGUUGUAGAGAAUUAGUGCUGUGCUCCUCUAUAGUUUGGAAAGUCUAAGCAUACGCUCCCCAACACAAAAAGUCUUUUAAUAGUUUGGUUUACCUCUAUUACUGCAAAAAGUACCUCAUUAAAAAAAAAAAACUUCUACGUUGCAGUGUAAAUUAAAUUAAAUGUCCUAAACACAACGGAUUAAACAAGCUCCUUCUGAGCUGAGAACAAAGAUAACAGAUCCUAUUGAUUUACUAAAGAACAUGUAUUCUUGCCUAUUUUUCAUUUAUAACAGGUCAUAUGCAAAUUAGGUUCAGAAACAAGCAAAUGUUUCAAUCAU